GGCGUACAAUAAAAGUGGCUCUUUAUAUAUAAUCAUUGUCGUUUGAGAUGGAUUUAGUGUGGAGCGUGAAAUUGCCAUCAUGAAACUGAUUGAACAUCCUCAUGUCUUGAAACUGUAUGACGUCUAUGAAAACAAGAAAUACCUGUACCUCGUGCUUGAGCACGUGUCAGGAGGUGAGCUGUUUGACUACCUACUCAAAAAGGGACGUCUUCAGGCCAAAGAAGCACGAAAAUUCCUGUGGCAAAUUAUUUCUGCUUUAGAUUUUUGCCAUAAACAUUGCAUAUGUCACCGUGACCUAAAGCCAGAGAAUCUUCUCCUGGAUGACAAGAACAACAUCCGAAUCGCAGACUUCGGGAUGGCGUGUCUUCAAGUUGAAGGUACCAUGUUAGAGACGUCUUGUGGGUCCCCGCAUUACGCCAGUCCAGAAGUUAUACGUGGGGAAACAUACGACGGGAAGCGAGCUGACGUGUGGAGCUGUGGAGUAAUUACGUAUGCGCUGAUAGUGGGCUCAUUACCUUUCGACGACAAGAAUCUACGUGUUUUGCUCGAGAAAGUCAAGCGAGGGAUGUUCCAGAUCCCCGAUUUUGUCCCCCAGGAAUGUCGGGAAUUACUGAAAGGAAUGAUUGAAGUCGAUCCGGGAAAGCGGAUGACGCUUUCGGAAGUAUUGAAGCACCCCUGGAUAAGCGAGGAAAGUAGGAGUCUAUCUAAGCCUAAACCUUCCAUCACAGAUACCAUUUCGAUGUACGUUAUACCAGCAGAAGAAGAUAUGGAUACGGAUGUCCUGGGAAAUAUGAUGUCUUUAGGAUGUUUCAAAAACAAACAGAAGUUGCUAGAAAGCAUCCAGAGUACGAGUUACAACACGGAGAAAGUGAUAUAUUUUCUUUUGCUGGAUCGAAAGAAAAAGAAGCCUUCCUACGAAGACGAUGACGAAAUAAUAGUGAGGAAUAGGUCUGAAUCUGCUGAUCCCCCGAAGAAAAGAGUAGACUCUUGUAAGAUGAACGGGAAAUUGAGGCCUAGGUAUUCGUUUGACCGCGUCAGUCAUGGUUCCCCACUGUCCUCUCGACGAAUUCCUUACAGCAGACCCAAACGAAGCUACAGUACUGCUAAGUCCCACACGAGUAAACCUGAAAUCAGUUCAGUGAAAUCUUCCAGACCUGCUUCCAUGGAGACCACUGAGGAAAGCCUUUCAGGAACUCCCCCUGGUUCUCCAGGUAUGCAUCAAGCCAAAUGGAAGUCACGCCUGAACACAAUCAGGAAUGGUUUUCUCGGAAGUCCGCGUUUCCACAGAAGAAAACUACGAACGCCAUCUGCUUCUGACGAUACAGGAUCGGAUUCCUCGCCAGAGUAAGUUUACGUUUACUACCGCCAGAGUAA